AUCUGGCAACAUUUGUGUCAGUGACUAAGGAACGACAGAAAGCUUAAAGAUGGCUGCUCUUCUAAAUUUGAAUCCUAAGGCUGAAAUUGCUCGUCAAGCUCAAGCGCUAGGAGUAAAUAUCGAAGCAGCCAAAGGACUGCAAGAUGUUCUUAGAACUAAUUUGGGGCCCAAGGGUACCAUGAAAAUGUUGGUAUCAGGAGCCGGUGAUAUUAAAAUAACCAAAGAUGGAAAUGUUCUGUUGCAUGAAAUGCAAAUUAGGCAUCCUACUGCAUCUCUAAUUGCCCGAGCAUCUACUGCCCAAAAUGAUGAAGCUGGUGAUGGAACUACUUCAACUGUGUUACUGAUAGGUGAACUUCUCAAACAAGCUGAUCUUUAUAUUGCUGAGGGUCUUCACCCCAGGAUUCUUCAAGAAGGUUUUGAGCUAGCUAGAGACAAAGCUCUUGAAGUGUUGGAAAGUGUUAAAAUUGUUGGUGAGAUGGACAGAGAAAAACUUAUUAGCGUUGCUAAUACCUCUCUGAAAACUAAAGUUGGGGCCAAACUUGCUGACAGCUUAACUGAAAUUUGUGUGGAUGCAGUUUUGGCUAUCCAGAGACCUGGAAUUCCGAUAGAUUUGCAUAUGGUAGAAAUUAUGCAAAUGAAACACAAGACGGAAAUGGACACAGCUCUUGUCCGAGGCUUAGUACUUGACCAUGGUGCUCGCCAUCCAGAUAUGAAAAAGAAAGUCGAGGAUGCUUAUAUUCUCACUUGCAAUGUGUCUUUAGAAUAUGAAAAAAGUGAAGUGAAUGCUGGCUUUUUCUAUAAAUCUGCUGAAGAAAGAGAAAAACUAGUAAAUGCUGAGCGACAGUUUAUCACAGAACGUGUUAAAAAAAUCAUAGAACUGAAGAAGACUGUUUGUGAUGGAACAAAGAAGGGUUUUGUAGUGAUCAAUCAAAAGGGUAUUGACCCUAUGUCUCUCGAUAUGCUUUGCAAAGAAGGCAUUGUUGCUUUGAGAAGAGCCAAACGAAGGAAUAUGGAAAGGUUAACUCUUGCUUGUGGUGGUGAAGCUGUAAAUUCUGUUGAUGAUUUAACUCCAGAAUGUCUUGGUGAGGCUGGCAUUGUAUAUGAGCAUGUUCUGGGUGAAGAUAAGUUCACCUUCGUUGAAGAUCUGAAAAACCCACAUUCCGUGACCAUUCUCAUCAAAGGUCCAAAUAAUCACACUUUGACUCAAGUCAAAGAUGCUGUUUAUGAUGGACUCAGAGCUGUCAAAAAUUGCAUUGAAGAUGGGUGCCUCGUAGCAGGAGCAGGUGCAUUUGAAAUUGCUGCCUAUUCUGCCUUAUUAAAAUACAAAUCGCAAGUGAAGGGACGCAUGCAGCUGGGUGUGCAAGCAUUCGCAGAUGCUCUGCUAGUUAUUCCCAAAACACUUGCUGCAAAUGCAGGCUAUGAUCCUCAAGAAGUUAUGGUCAAGUUGAUCCAGGAAUAUAAUUCUGCUGAAGGACAGCUCAUUGGACUAGAUAUAGAAACAGGAGAACCUUUAGUUCCUGAAGUUGCUGGAAUUCUUGAUAACUACAGGGUAAAGAAACAAUUGUUAUGCUCAUGCUCAGCUAUUGCCGGAAACCUGUUGUUAGUGGACGAAAUUGUAAGAGCUGGCCUCACUUCUAUGAAAGGACAGGGCUAAAAAAAGAUAACUGCAAUAACAUCAAAUGAACAAUGCUUCUAUUUUCUUUACUUAAAUGACUGACACAAGAUAUGUUUUAUUAACUGGAAUAAUGUGAUGCUGUGCUUGAAUCAAAAAGUAUCUCAACUUAUUGUUUUAUAUGAACUAAGCUCUUCUAACAGUAAUUUUGUACAAGUUUUCUAAAUAGAAAAUUAAGCUUAGACUUAUGCCUUUUCUUCAUUGUUCAUUAUUUGUCUGUCACAAGCAUUCAUGAAUAAACAUCUAGAAUAAUUA